AUGUUGGUUCAUUUGGGGGCGCUACUGCUUGUAGCAUCGACGACAGUAUACUCGAAGCCAGCGCCGGAACCGCCGGUGAAUUCGUACUUUCCUCCAUCGAGCGGCGGUGAUCUGUCAAGCGGAUCCGGAAGUUACGGUCCACCAUCGCCACCGGAUCGCUAUGGGCCGCCUCAGCAACAGCCCGUCGUUCACAAACACGUUUACGUUCACGUGCCACCUCCGGAAGCCCCCGAAUACAAACCACCUAAAUACAUACCACCCGUUGCGCCGCCGCAGAAGCAUUACAAGAUCGUGUUCAUAAAAGCCCCGACGCCGCCGACGCCGACCGCCCCCGCGUUGCCGCCAUUGCCGCCCCAAGACGAAGAGAAAACGUUGAUCUACGUAUUGGUGAAGAAACCGGAAGAAGCUCCGGAGGUGGUGUUACCGACGCAAGCGCCCACGCAACCCAGCAAACCGGAAGUCUACUUCAUCCGAUACAAAACUCAGAAAGAGGCACAGAACGCAGAGUACGGGCCCCCACAGUCGCCUCCAUCGAAUAACUAUGGUCCACCAUCGUCGGGAGGUCCCUACUAGAUAGUGUAAUAGUACUUAAUAAUAAUAAUUGUCGCGAAUGGAUUGCUACGAGCACCUGAGUCUCUUGGUUUUAC